AUGGCUGCCAUGGUUCAGACUAUUCUCUCCAACACGCUGGUCCGACCUCCUGGCCAAACAUGUUUAUCGGAGCAUUGCACUUCCGUCGCGACGCUAUAUCCAUUCCUAUUCUAUGCUUAUAGCGCUUUACUGGCUAUCACGUCGCUCUUUGCCUCACGGCAGAUGCAGCUUACCGUGAAUUCUCAUCUAGUAGUUCUAUUACUUGUCGCAUUUGGCGUCCAAGCAUGGAACUAUCUUGUUCCAUUCGCCCUGUCCAACAAGGACCCCAACAAGCUACUGUAUGGCUGGCCAAUAUGGACUCAUAUUAGUUUAUUAGGGCUUGCUGCUGUGGUAAUACCAUUGUGCGUCCCGAGGCUGUAUAUUCCUCUCGACCCCAAAAAUCCAAGCCCACCCAAUCCGGAACAAACGGCGUCUCUUAUUUCUCUAAUGACCUAUACUUACCUCAACCCGAUCAUUUUUGCCGCGUAUCGUGCUCCCAAGCUUGAAUACGACCAACUUCCGCCUCUUGCUGACUAUGACCAUGCAGCUGUACUCAGGCAGCGCGGGCUCGAUGCAAUCGAUCCUAUGAAUACAGAGCGAAACAAAAUCAACACAUCUUCUGGGGAUUAA